UUAAAAUUUAAUUGUGUUACGGAUUUAUAUAGCCGGUCUUUUGCAGAUACGAUUGAUAGUUUAAAUUUUCGCGGUAGAGCAGGAGGUCAAGGCAGGAACAAUGGCAAUGCAGGCCGAGGGUAGACUGCAGCAUCCUCCCCGUAAGCACAGCAGAGCAGACGAGUCCACACCUGGCUCUUCAUCCAAACGUCCCACGCUGUUUGUCAGGGGAGAAGAUGAUUAUUUGCCAGGAAAUAUAGUUGAAAUUGAGAUACACAACUUUAUGACAUAUAAUCAUUUAAGGUCCAAGCCAGGAUCUCGCCUUAAUCUUGUUAUUGGACCAAAUGGAACAGGGAAAAGCUCUUUAGUAUGUGCCAUUGCCAUAGGCCUUGCUGGAGAACCCCAGUUGCUUGGCAGAGCAUCCAACAUUGGUGAUUAUGUGAAACGUGGUGAAGAAUCAGGAUGGAUAAAAAUCUCUUUGCGGGGCAAUAAGGCUGGAGAAACCAUUACUGUAACAAGAAAAAUAGAUAGACAGAAUAAAUCCGAGUGGCAGCUCAAUGGUCGAAUAGUGCCAAAACGGGAUGUCCUGGACACUGUUCACAAGUUCAACAUCCAAGUGGGCAACCUAACACAGUUUUUGCCACAAGACAGAGUUUGUGAGUUUGCAAAAUUAAGCCCUGUACAACUUCUAGAAGAGACUGAAAAGGCUGUUGGAGAUCAAGAACUUUCAGUGCAACAUCGUGCUCUUAUAGAUAAAAGCUGUUCAUUGAAGAGGCUUGAAAUAACUGUUAAACAGAAUGAGGAAACCUUGAACCAACUCAAGGCACAGAAUGCUGAGCAAGAAAAGGAUGUGGAGAGGGUUCGCCAAAGAGAGCAGUUGCUGCAAAAAGCUGAAUCUAUGAAGAAGAAGCUCCCCUGGCUCAAAUAUGAUAUGAGGAAAAUGCAAUACAUGGAGGCAAAGGAGAAGGAGAAGGAAGCAAAGCGCAAGCGAGAUGAAAUUGCAAGAGCAAUAGCAGUUCAAAAAAAUCCUAUAGAGGAAAAGAAACAACAGAAAUUGAAGCUUGAGGCCACAUGUAAGAAGCUGAACAGCAACAUAAGUUCAAACGAUAAAAAACGCAGAGAAAUCAUACAGAUGGAAAAUCAACUUAGUGUACAAGUUAGAGCAAAAGUGAGUGAAAUUGAAGAGGUGAAAAAACGAGAAGAAUCUCAACAAGAGAGGAUUGCAAGAGCCAAGGAUGAUCUUAGAGCUGCUGAAGCCGAGCUUGCACAGUUACCUGUAUAUGAACCUCCAAAAGAGGAAAUAGAAAAUCUUGGAGCUCGAAUACGGGAGUUGGAGGUUUCGGCAAGUGAAAGGCGAUCCUCAAAGAGAGAAAAAGUCAGUAUGUUGGAUCAAGAGAGAUCUACAUUGAACCGGUGUCUAGCCAGGUUGAAAGAUAUAGAAAAUACGAAUACAAGACUACUGCAAGCAUUAAAAGAUUCUGGGGCUAGCCAUAUAUUUGAAGCUGUAGAAUGGGUGAAAAAUCACAGCAAUGAUUUCAAAGAGAAAGUUUAUGGUCCAGUUCUUCUUGAGGUCAAUGUUUCUAACAAAAGUCACACAGCCUAUUUGGAAGGUCACGUCCCUUAUUACAUUUGGAAGUCAUUCAUUACCCAGGAUCCAUAUGAUCGAGACUUGCUUGUGAAAAACUUGAAACCGUUUGAUAUUCCUGUUCUGAACUACACUGGAAAUAGACUGACACAAAAUAAACCGUUGCCAGUAUCAGAUGCGAUGCACAAAUUGGGGAUUAUGUCAAGGCUUGAUGAAGUAUUUGAGGCCCCGUCUGCUGUGAAGGAAGUUCUAAUCAGUCAAGCUGCACUUGAUCAUUCGUUCAUUGGUUCGGAAGAAACCAACUGUAGAGCUGAUGAUGCAAACAAGUUGGGAGUCAUGGAUCUAUGGACUCCUGAAAAUCAUUAUCGUUGGUCAAGAUCUCGUUAUGGAGGGCAUAUCUCAGCAAGUGUGAAUCCAGUAAAUGGAUCACGGCUUUUUGCUUCUAAUGUGGAUACAAGAGAGGUUAAUGAACUUGCCUACAAAAGGAGAGAAUGUGAAGAGCAUAUUGCAAGAAUAGAUGAAGAUAUCAAGUCAAUAUCAAGUGAACAAAGGCAUUUGGAAGAUGAAGCAGCAAAUCUACAUAGGAAAAGGGAGGAUAUUGUCAACAAUGUGAGAUUAGAACGAAGAAAGCGACAAGAGAUGGCUAAUCGGAUAGAUCAACGCAAGAGGAAGCUUGAAUCAAUGGAAAAAGAGGAGGACUUGGAAACAACAAUAUCUAGGCUUACUGACAUGAUAGGCAAUUUAAAUGUGCAACGGUUUAAACAUGCAGUUGAAAUGAAGAAUUUGUUGAUUGAAGCUGUAUCUCUGAAGCGUCGCUUUGCAGAGGAACAGCUUACAAUCAUUGAGCUUGAUAUGAAGGUAAGGGAUAUGGAAAGGGAGCUUAGAGAACCGGAAAAGAAUGGCAUCCAAGCUCAACAAGAACUUGAUUUGUGCAAGGAUGAGCUUGAACGGUGCAAAAGACACCUUCAAAUUGCUAAGGAUGCUGCAGAAUCUGUUGCCAAGCUCAAUCCAGAGCUGCAGCGAGCUUUUGAAGAGAUGCCUGAAACAGUUGAAGAGCUUGAAGCUGCAAUACAAGACUGCACUGCACAGGCUAAUGCUGUCAUGUUUCUCAAUCCCAAUGUACUUGAUGAGUAUGAGCGGCGUUGUGAGAAGAUUAGCAGCCUGACUUUGAAAGUAGAAGAAGAUAAACUGGCACUCAAUAAUAUUUUAACAGAAAUAAAUAAUCUGAAGGAAACUUGGUUACCGACAUUGAGAAGUCUUGUCACGAGGAUCGAUGAAACUUUUGGAAAGAAUUUUCAAGAGAUGGCUGUGGCUGGAGAAGUAACACUUGAUGAGCAUGGUAUGGAUUUUGAUAAAUAUGGUAUUCUAAUCAAGGUUAAGUUCAGGCAAACUGGACAGUUGCAGGUACUUAGUGCUCAUCACCAGUCUGGAGGGGAACGAUCAGUAUCAACAAUAUUGUAUCUCGUUUCACUACAGGACCUUACGAACUGCCCAUUUCGUGUGGUAGAUGAAAUAAAUCAAGGAAUGGAUCCCAUAAAUGAAAGGAACAUGUUUCAGCAACUAGUUAGGGCUGCAAGUCAACCAAACACACCACAGUGUUUUUUAUUAACCCCAAAACUGCUUCCAGACCUAGAUUAUACGGAUGCUUGCAGCAUCUUAAAUAUCAUGAAUGGACCUUGGAUUGACAAACCAUCCAAAGUGUGGAGUAGUGGAGCGAAUUGGGGAACUGUAACAGAAAUAAUGUCACGGCAAUCAUGACUUUAUUCUACUAUGCUGUAUUCUUAGAAAAUGUAAGAAGUUUAUGGAUUAUUCAGUGCAUUCUAUUUUUCUUCAUAUUAAGCAUACAACGAAGAUCCCUGUUCUCCUGUAAUUAUUAGAACAUUUUUCUGUUGGUAUUGAUAAUAUAGAAGAGAUUCAUGAGAUGAAUUGAAUGAGAAGUUUAUGUAAAGAAUUUAAUAUCUGAUCAGUAAUUUUCAACUGUAUAUAUUGUUGUCCGUAUUUUUGUAUUCACAAAAAUGGACAACCCCUUUAAAUUUUUUUGUUAAAAAAUGAAAAUUUUUACUCUAA